AUGUCAGUGGUGGACUACGAAACCGAGUUCAAUCAUAAAGCACAGUUUGCCACACGUUUCUUGACUACAGAACAGGAACGUGUAGACCACUUUAUAGACGGAUUGCGAUCAGAGAUUCAAGAUGUCGUCGCCAAUCGUGAUAUAUCGGAGUUUGAGAAAGCGGUGGAAUCUGCACGAUGGCGCGAGCAUGAUUUGACCCGCUCGGAUUGUAAUCCAGCUCCGCCAGCCAAGCGACCUCGAAUUGAAGCUGAUAAAGUUUACAAAGAUUGUGUGUUGCAAUUAGAUGAGCAUGAGUUUGUCAUAGAUCUUGUACCGAUGGAUAUCCAUAGCUUUGAUAUAAUUAUUGCUAUGGAUUGGUUGGCUAAGAAUCGGGCUGAUAUUUUGUGUUUUCAACGCAUAAUCCGUAUACCGAACGACGUCGACUAUUUAUAUGUUUACAGUGAAAAGCGUAAAGGGGACGUAAAGUUGAUUUCUACGCUUAAAGCUCGAAGACACCUAUCUAAAGCGUUCAUGGAUAUGAUGAAUCGCGUGUGCCGGCCAAUGUUGGACAAAUCUGUGAUCGUGUUUAUAGGCGAUAUUCUUGUAUAUUCCAAAUCUGAAGCGGAUCACGUGAAGCAUUUGUGUGAGAUGCUUGAAACACUUCGACAAGAGCGUCUAUAUGCUAAAUUUUCGAAAUGUGAAUUUUGGCUACGUCAKGUGCAAUUCCUAGGUCAUACGAUUUCUUGUGACGGUGUGUCGGUUGACCCGUCCAAAGUUGAAGCUGUAAAGAAUUGGGAGCAACCUAAGAAUGCAUCUGAGAUUCGUCGUUUUCUUGGACUCGCGGGUUAUUAUAGACGAUUCAUACGAGAUUUCUCUAAAAUUGUUGUGCCUUUAACUUCGUUGACCGGGAAGAUGUCAAGUUCGAAUGGGGUGAAGCUCAAGAGAAUGCUUUUCAGGUGUUAA